CCGAUCGACAGCGAGCUCAUCAAUUUCUUCAACGUUAAGCAUGGCAACUACAGUGGGACGUGUCUUGAUCUAUGGAGGGAAAGGAGCACUUGGCUCGACAUGCGUUUCUUUUUUCAAAGCUAAGAACUACUGGGUUGGAUCAAUUGAUCUGACACCAAAUGAACAAGCUGAUGCCAAUAUUCUGGUGAAUACUAAGGACUCAUGGACGGACCAGGAGACCCAGAUAUUGGGAGAAAUGGACAGGCUCCUGGAGGGUAACAAGUUAGACGGAGUAUUCUGUGUGGCUGGUGGCUGGGCAGGUGGUAACGCCGCUGCUAAAGCCUUCAUAAAAAAUGCUGAUGCAAUGUGGAAACAGAGUGUAUGGACCUCGGCUAUAUCGGGAGGCGUUGCUGCCAAACAUUUGAAGGAAGGUGGAGUUCUGACCCUGCCUGGGGCCAUGCCCGCAUUGGAGGGUACACCAGGAAUGAUUGGGUAUGGCAUGGCCAAGGCUGCCGUUCAUCAGCUAGUCAAAAGUUUGGCCUGUGAUAAGAGUGGUAUGCCAGCUAAUUCCUUGACUGUCGCCGUCCUGCCAAUGACUCUUGAUACUCCCAUGAACCGUAAGUUUAUGUCAGAGGCGGACUUCUCCACUUGGACCCCAUUGGAGUUUGUCGCAGGGCUUUUUGACAAAUGGAUGACUGGCGGUGAAAGACCAGCCAACGGAAGCUUGAUGAAACUGGUCACGAAAGAUAACGUCACCGAGGUGUCUCCAGCAUGAUCUCGGACAACACAGUCGAACGAACAAUGUCCAUGUAUAGUCUGUCAUCUGUAUUAUCCCCAUUUCCCCUGGUGUCCGGAUCGUAGCUAACAGUUACGUACACAAGUUUGGCUUUAUGUAAAUAUUGCUAUUGUUGCUGAGGAUGAAGAUUAAAACCAUACCCAUUGUAUAAACAGAGGAAAAUCAUACUAUUAUUUCUUACAAUGAAAUACUGUAACAAUGUAAUACUGUAACAAUGAAAUACUGUAACAAUGGAAUACCAAUUACAAAAUCAUGUUUGCAUACAGUAUUACAAUGUUUCAGAAUCAUUGUAUUUUUUAUAAACAAAGGAAAAUCAUGCUGUUAUUUCUUACGAUGAAAUACUGUUACAAUAGAAUACUGUAACAAUAGAAUAAUGAAACAAUGGAAUACCAAUUAUACAAUCAUAUUUACAUACAGUAUUACAAUGUUUCAGAAUCACUGUAUUUUUAUCUAUUGAAAUUGUUAUCUUGUUUACAAUGAACUGUUCAACAUUUAAGAGCUAUGGGUGUAGGUUGAUAAAUUUUUCCAUUAUCGAAUGCGGUUUGGGACGAAGUGUUCAGGUAUUUAAUCAAACAAUAUUAGAUUGUCCCAUAUUUGUAUCUAUUAAUUGUAGAACCAAAGUGCUGAAUGAGUAAAUGUAGGUCAUGUCUGUAUAAAUGUUGUGUUAUGUGGGAGUUGUAGGUAGCCUUUCAUUGUUUUUUUUUAGAGAAAUAGGUUGUAUACAUGUUGUUGAAAAAAAAUGUUUGUGUUGUAGAAAAAAAAUCACACCAUGAAAGUGUGGACGUGAAAAGAUCUCCUUAAUAAUACAUGUAUUUCUUUCCUUUUUUUCGCCCUGACACAAAAAAAAAUAAUACUAGACUUGAAAUGUAGUGUAAUGCGUUGAAUUUUGUGGUAAAAAUGGAGUCCUGAAGCUGUUUCUGUGACGAACAAGGUGUAGAUGAUUUGAGAUAGAUAUGUUGAGGAUAAGUAUUUCCAGAUGUGUGUAGUAUAUAUCGUACUAGGUAGAUUUAACAGUGAUCUUAAUCAAUCCUCAUUCUGUACUGUGUUGGUUUUCUAGACACUCUCACCACUAAGUACUGCACAUAAUAAUAUUUCUGCUACCGAAUUUAACCUAAAAUUAUCACUUGCCCCAAUAUUAAAGCAUACCAAAAUUUGUUUUCUGGGUUAAUUAGAUGUAUGUUCUUGAAGCUCAUGAAAAUGUUGCUAAAUGCAAUAAUCUUCCAAUACAAACACCAUACAGUCUUAUCUUUAAUAACCAGACUUUUAUUUUCAGAGAAUUUAUCCCCAAUACUGAUAUCACAUGUUAAAAUUUUCCUGAGAAACUGUUAUAAUAUUAGUUAGUACCCUUUGUUUUUUUGUAAGCAUACAGUUGAGAUAAGUUAUAUUUGGUGGAAUAUUUAAUCUCAAAAGAAAAUGAUGGACUUCCAUGUAAAUACUUGAAAGUGUGAUACAGGUAUCUCUAAAUGUCAUGAACAUUAUUUAAGAAAAAUAGUUACAAGGUAACAUAGUUUACUUCAUUAAAUGUGAUAAAAGUGCUUGAAUGGACAUUCCUUCGUUCAGACAUCAGAAACAUGCACAAUUCCUAUUGAUGAAAUCUAUGUCCGAAUGAUGAUUAUAUGAGUGUUUGUGCCUACAAGUAAUGAAAUUAACGCCGAAAUGUACAGGGAAAAAUACAAAUACGGUAUGUCUUUGCGGUAAUUAGUGUUACUUCGGGUCAAAUUAAGAAUUUUCAAGACUUAUUACUCAAAAACUUUGGUUAAUCUUUAGAGUAAAACUGCUUUAUCAAUGUGAAGAUUAUAACUUUUACUACUUGGGGAAAAUAUAUAUUUUCCAGUAAGUUUAAUUUUGAUGACCUAAACUUUAUUGAAACGAAGGAAUGCCCCUUUGAUAAUUAAACUUAAAUAGUGCUUUUAAUGUUUUGCUAUUAAGAUUGUGUUCAGCAUUUAAACCAGAUUUAUACUUUAAAAUGAAUGAUAGCUUCAUUGUCACAGAAAAAUGAACUACAUCUACCUGGGAAACCGUGUCUUCCACCCAACUGCAGGACGGCUGUAAGUUUGCACACCGUCUUAAUUCACAAAUAUUUGACUUUGUCUUCCUAUCAUGCAAGUUUGUUGUGGGAUAACAUUGUUUGUUACAUAAAUCUACGUCCAAAUUUAAUUAUUAUUGGUAUUCAGAUGUAUCUUGGGACGACGGUGUCAAAUUCAUACAAAAAAUAGCCCGUCAACUGGAACUUGCAUUUUAAUAUUUUACCUCAAUAAAUAAAACAGGUAACAGUAGUUCUUUGUGUAUUUUCUAAACUGUUUUAUCUGUCAUAUAUAAUUUUGUCAUGCUGCUGAAUAAUUUUUUGUUUUUCCUUACUCCGACAUGUUGCGUAAUUAUUACUGUUACACUUACAGUAUGGAAGGCAGCUCAACUGUGUGUUAAGUCUAGUCUAUGUAUGUAUGUAACCAUGGUAACCCCAAAUGCGGAGUUAUCUACCUUGUCCUCUCUGGCAAUACAGUAGCAUACCACAGCAUUUUAAGAUAAUUAUUUAACUGUUUUUGUUAAUUAUUUGGGACAUUGUAAAGUAUUACUUAAAGAUACAAAUCUGUUCCAUGAAAAUUGUUAAUUUUGUUAGCUCUGAACAUUUUAGAAGUGGAGUUCACUGAUAAAAGAAUUUUUUUCCCACAAUCAUUAUAAUUUCAAGUUUGAGCAGAUGACAGCCAUGACAAAGUGUUUCUAGGUAAAGAGACAAUAUUAAUUUUAUGUCAAGUUGUCAGUUAUUUAAUCUUUUAUCAAUUUUUGUUUUCUGCUGGUUUCUAAUUUGUUUUUAUAUAAAACAUCUUCUCUGUGUAGACAAGGGUACCAUGGGAUUUGUUUGAUGUUUAUUGUAUAGGAUGCGUUCCCACAUUACAAAACUUCGAUUUUAAAUCUGGUUUCUAGUCAUUAGUACUCGUUUAGUAGAACACAGGAAAUAAUAAUUAUUAUCGAAAUCGUGACUUUGGUGCAAAAAGGAAAAUUUCUUUUAAAUGAUUUUAUCUUAUACAAAAAAUUAUAUAUUGCCAAAUGCAUUUACAUAAAGAUUUUACUGGUAUAUAUAAUAUACCAUACACAUUUUGUUUAAUGACUCAAUUUUAUUAUAUUGUUGAUUUUUUUUCUUUUUGAAGAAAAAUAUUUAAGACAAAAUAUUGAGAUUAAAGAAAAGAUAUGAUACAGGUUAUGUAUCUUUACAGAAAGUAUUUUAUUCCUUUGAAUUUGUUGUACAAAGAAGCUUAUCACUAAAAUUCCAUCGUUCUCGUUGAAAUUUUUUAAGUAUCAAAAUGUUUAUGUUUCAUGAUCUGUCAACAUUCAGUUGGUUACUUCUGAAAAUAAGCGUUUGUUUGAAAACUUCACAAGAAUAAUGAAGGAUUAGUGCCUAGUAGUAAACAGAAUUUGGGUUUUGUAACAAUUUAAUAAAAUGCUGGUUGUUGUUAUGUAACAAAAAUUAUAUAGACAUUAUGUAAUCUAUACAUUCCAAAUAAAGUGUUGUCAAUUUCACGAA